AUGAGUGGGCGUGAUGCUUCUUCGACUGUUUCUGGUCAGCAGAACCAGCGCAUGAGCCCAGUCGUGGAAGGCCAAGCUCAAGACGCUGCAGAUUCGGAUGCUCGGCUAGUCCGCCUGUAUUAUGAGAACUUUCACUCAGCGCAUCCAAUCUUGGUUCCCGCGCCCUUGUAUGAAGAACGCAAGUACCCAGCGUACCUGCAUGAAGUGGUCACACUCAUAGGGGGCCAUUUCUUGUCUACUGGUUCCCUUCCUGAUAUGGCCAGUGCGCAACUGAGCGCUGAUGGAGAGAGGACGCCAUGCAAGGUCCAGGCACUUUUGCUUUAUUCGAUACUCUCAUGCGCUCGUGGCGAGUGCUCGCAAGCUCACACAUCCUUUUCGCAAGCUGUCGACAUUGCGUUGGAACUUGGAAUGUACCGACAAGAGUUUGCGUCCACGUCUUCCAAUGCCGUGGAAGCUGAGAGCUUGCGCCGGACGUGGUGGGAGCUUUUUAUCGUCGAUGUCUAUAUGGCAGCUUUGCAGAAGAGAGUGGUCUUGCGAUGCAGCGGUGUUCCUUACGACGUUGCUUUGCCGUGCGAGGAGUCCGUAUAUGCCAAUUACACCAAUAUACCCUCACCGCCAACUCUUGCUGGGUUCAAUAAACGCAUCUUCGCUGAUGAAGAAACAAGCUACUCAUCGUUCAGCUAUCGUAUUGAAGCGGUAUGCAUCCUGGCACGGGUAUUAGUCCUGAAUAGCCUGCCAGAAACACACCGGGAUCACUUGCAAGCUGUGGAAAAUGCGCUUGUCAGCUGGACAAAUCACCUUCCACCAAACAAAGUCGAUAUCGUGGAUACGUACGGCAGCGUUGAUGAAAUACUGUUCCAGGCACAUACUACCAUCCACUUUGCUGCAAUGCUCCUGCAUCUUCCAAGAAGCAGUCUUCGGCCCGUCUGUCCAGAAACAGAGUGUCCGAUUUGCCCAGAGAUUCCAUCUCGGCUUUCGCCAUCCUUCACCCGACAUGUUCAUGAUAUCAAAGCUACGGAGGCAUCCAAGCAACUCUCCAAUCUUCUCUCAGUCCGCCCCAGCGUGCAGAGAUACAGUCCAUUUGUCGUUUUCAGCUUAGUACUCUGUGGAAUGGUCCAGCUUGCCACAAGUCGCAUCCAUUCCUCAGAAUGUUCUGAUCAUCACUGUAACAGAAUCAUCCUGGUUCUAGGCUGUCUGAAGACACUGAAACAGAAAUGGCCCAUCGCAAAUCGAGCUCACUACUUCCUUCGGAGCGUAGCAGCAGAAACAUUUACGGCCUGGAUUGAGUCUCGAUAUCCACAAACCAGCAACGCUGUGCCUCUAGCCUCAAGAAAUGGUCCCAGCUUUCCACCUGAAAAUAAUGCUUGGCUCUCUGUUGUUAGCAGCAAUGACACAUCCAGGCCUGUGGAGACUGACGCACAAGGCAUUUUCUCGCCGGGGCUGUUAUCCGCAUACAUCGACCCAACUUGCAGCGAGCCGCUGCUUCUAGGCCCUAUGCCUGAUCUUGACUUCACAUGA